AUGUUAUCCCAUAACCAUGGAAACUGUAACCAUGCAAAUGAGCAUUUUAAAUAGAGACAAGAGUUGACAUUAAACUAUGGCCUACAGCAGGAAGCCUCAGAAAAACAAAGGAAGAUAGUUAUCAUGGAUGAAGCCAUGCAGGCUUGUCCAUGCUCAGACAAGUACAGUGCCCAAGAAGUCAUACCUACGAUACAUGAGCUCCCAGACAUCCGCAACGAAGUCCUACAGCUGUACAACACCAGACUUAAGAACAGCAUCAAGGAGGGGGAGGAAAAGCUGCGGCUGAUGCAAAGGAGCUCAUUCCACUUGGGAAUCCAUCAGCAGCCCACCUUGCAGUUUGCUGACAGCAUGCUGUGGGGUCUUAUUAACCAUCAAAGGCUGACACGUGUCAUGAAAGAUGCCACUGACAUUGUGAAUCUCCUCCUGAAUUUCCUGGAAACGGCCUUCGCGGAUAUCAUCGAGGGCCAUCAGGAGUUGGAGGCCUUCAUCAUUAAGUACAAGGAUUGUGUGGUGGAUAGUGAUAUGGCAGCUUCUAUGCAGCAGACGCUUCAGCGAACCUUCGAGUACUUGAAUGACUUUGAGAGCAGAAUAACCUGGAAUCAUGUCCCACUGAAGCUGCGGCUCCAUCUCCAGCACGAAUACACCGCCCACAUACCAAAACUCUUUACAUCACUGAUCAUCAAGGGACCAGUGAUAUUUGACAGGUCUGCGUUGUGUGUCACAUCCAACAUUGUGCAUCUGCAUUGGGAAGUGGCAGGUCAGCAGUCUGAGGUGCCAGACGAAGAAUUUGAGAUCUGGGUGAAGAGCCUUGACACUGAUGAAGAGUUCAGACAAUCUACAUGCCAAUCAUACAAUAUACAGAUCGAUGACCUGUUACCUGACACACAGUAUCGGUUCUCUGUCAAGAGAGCAGAUGAUACAGGCUUACUCUGUGGACAGUGGACUGACAACAUUGUCCUUAAAACAGACAUUUCCAAAUAAGAGCAAAGUGUGCCUUUUUGAAUGUGUAGAUGAGAAUGAAGAAGUUUCAGAGCAUGUGUACACUUACAAAGAGAUAAUAAACGUAUAGCAUUUCCUAAAUUGAA